CCUCAGUCCGCCCGCGCCCCUCGGCCUCGCCACCCGCCUCGGACUCUCCGGCCCUUCCGUCCGCCUUUGCUUCCUCUGCCCAGUCGAAGGCGGGCAGCGGGCACCAUCAGGCCUAACAGCCGCCCAGAGUGGUGCCUGAAGCGCAGCCUCUGCUCCCCCUCAAGCCCGUCGGCGGGAACCCGAGCUGCCGCCAUCAUGUCUGCUGCAAAUCCUGAGACUCCAACCUCAACUGUCUCCAGAGAGGCCAGCACCCAGUCUUCAUCAGCUACGACCAGCCAAGGCUAUGUUUUACCAGAAGGCAGAAUCAUGCCAAACACCAUUUUUGUUGGUGGAAUUGAUGUUAGGAUGGAUGAAACCGAAAUUAGAAGUUUCUUUGCUAGAUAUGGUUCAGUAAAAGAAGUGAAGAUAAUCACGGAUCGAACUGGUGUGUCCAAAGGCUAUGGAUUUGUUUCAUUUUAUAAUGACGUGGAUGUGCAGAAGAUAGUAGAAUCACAGAUAAAUUUCCAUGGUAAAAAGCUGAAACUGGGCCCUGCGAUCAGGAAACAAAAUUUAUGUGCUUAUCAUGUGCAGCCACGUCCUUUGGUUUUUAAUCCUCCUCCUCCACCGCAGUUUCAGAGUGUCUGGAGUAAUCCAAACACUGAAACUUACAUGCAGCCUCCAACCGUGAUGAAUCCAAUAACUCAGUAUGUUCAGGCUUAUCCUCCUUAUCCAAGUUCACCAGUUCAGGUUAUCACCGGAUAUCAGCUGCCUGUUUAUAAUUAUCAGGUGCCACCGCAGUGGCCUGCUGGAGAACAGAGGAGUUAUGUUAUACCUCCGGCUUACACAACUGUUAACUACCACUGUAAUGAUGUUGAUCCAGGAGCUGAAGUUUUGUCAAGUGAAUGCUCAGUUCAUGAAGCUACUCCAUCCUCUGGAAAUGGCCCACAAAAGAAAUCUGUCGACCGAAGCAUACAGACGGUGGUAUCUUGCCUAUUUAAUCCAGAGAACAGACUGAGAAACUCCCUUGUUACUCAAGAUGACUACUUCAAGGACAAAAGAGUUCAUCAUUUUAGAAGAAGUCGGGCAGUGCUUAAGUCUGUUUGAUCCUCUCUGCUAACUUUCUGAUCUCAUGGGAAGUUGCAGGUUUUGAAUAUUAAGAGACUGAAAGUUUUUCCACUAUUAUAGAAAUUUAAUUCUGAAUUUUGAUAAGUCACACUCACUUUCUUUACAAGUUUUAUUAGAUUGCCUAGUUUUAUUUUACAGUGAAACUUUCAUUAGAUGUUCAUUUAGAAACUGGUUCUGUGUUGAAUAUAUAGUUAAAAGUAAAAAAAUAAUCGAGACUGGAAGGAAUUGCUUUAAGAUUUAUCUGUAAGGACUUUUUAAUUGACAUUUUAAGGGUUUAAAAGCAGAUGCUGACUUUCCAAAAAAAAUUGUUUUAGAAAACCUAUUUCGAAAGGUCAGAAUUUUGAUAGUUUGAAUACAGGCAUUUCACUUUUCCAACAAAUAGCUGUGACAGUACAACAUCUACAGUAUUGUGCUUUACACUUAGGAUUUGUCCAGAAAUUUACCACAAAAGCAGAGUUUAAAACUGCAUUUUUAAUCAGUGGAACUUAGUAUAUAGUUAGCUUUGUUGAAGUUUUCCUUAUCUAAACUCAGUAAAACAGAUUCUAAACAAACAGUCCAAUCAGUGGGUCUUACAUUUAUUAGUUCAAAAUACUUUAUAUUUUAUCUAGAAUCCACACAUAGAGUUAUCUGAUUGGGAUGGUAAUUAGGAUAACUAAAAUUCCGGGCCUAACUUUUUUUAAAGAAGCCAAAAACAAACUAAACUUUACUAGGUACGUAAGCUUCUCAGUCAGUUACCAUUCUCCUUUUUUUCUUUUUCAUUUUUUUCCCUUGAAAUGCUAAAAACUCAAUGGCUGUAUCUUAAAUUGUGCAAAAUACUGGUAUUAAAGACAAACUUUUUUUAUGUCACUUAAAGGUUAAUCAGAGUAUCUGAAAGGAAUUGUUUUUAUAAAAACAUUAAAAUAUUUGUUAUAUGUUAAAGGACAGAUUUUUAUUUUUUAGCCUAUUAUAUUUCCUUUUUUAAAGUGAAAUAUGUCCAGGAGAGUCAAAGUAGUUUUGGCGUUUCUAAACCACAAAAGUUUUUCAGUAAGCAUAUCCCAAAACUAUACUAGAGUUAGCAUUAACAGUCUAUUUCUAGAUUAGCGAUUAGCUAGGCUCCUCUUAGAUGUUGUGUAUCGUGAUGAACAGCUAGAGCCCCAGAGCCCCUUUGCCGAACCAGUCUUUCUGUUCCCGUCUGUACCACCAUUCUUCCAGGAGGUUUGCUCCUAGAACAGGCGAUGCAAAGAAGAGAAGUAGCAGUAUAAGCAGUUGGAGGGUUAAGCCUUGGAAAGGAAGCAGUGAGAUAAAACCUUUCUAAGGGAAACGCUUGUAUCAGCAUCAUUUGACCUGCCAUGGACAUGAGUUUCAUGGCUUCCUGGGUUUUCUUUCAUUGAAAAGAAAAGACUCCUUCACUAAGACAUGGAGACUCCAUUUAUCCCUAUCCUAGUGAAGCUUCCAUGGCCAUAUCAUCAGUGCCCAUUGUCUUAUAAUUCCUAAUAAUAUUCAUUCUGAAUCUGAAGGGAAGAGUCUUUUAACUUAAGAAUCCCCAAGAGGGCUUUCUAAUGCCUCAGAAUUUGAAAGUGGCCCUUAAAUUUGUCCUUUUUAAAAUUCUACUUUGUAUGUGUGUGCUGUAACAUUCUUUCAUGUAUUAUUCUGUGAUUAAAUCUCCAGGUUACUAUAAAUGAUACCAAAUUCUAAAGAGCCAAUUCUGAUUAUCCCAGUAUGACCUUAAGAAAAGUAAGGGAAUAAACUUUUUUUUGUCUGCUGUUUUGUUGGACUGAAGUAUUUAAAAGAGUAAUGUAGAAAGAAGAGGCAAAAUCUUGAACCUUUCAAAAUGGAAAAUUAAUUUUAAACUUAAAAGUAUGUUCAUAUUGCCUAUGCUGAUACUGUAUUUGCAUAAAUGAAUAAAUAAAAAUAAAGAAA